AUGCUGUCGGCCUUACAACGUCUUGCUAUUGAGCAAGACUUUAGCGAUUUAGGCAUAGAAACAAACGCUCGGAGCAAGCUAGAUCAGGCAGCAAACGCAUUUAACAAGAAAGAACUAACGACGAGCGCCAAUCUAUUUCUUGAAAGUUGGCGUAUCUUGCAAAACGAGUAUGAAAGUAAUCUUUAUACGCAAGUUAAUUCCUUACCAGAGCUAGAGCAGCAGCGACAAACCAAGUCUCAACAAAAUAAGGGAAGAAUGAUUUUGAGUUUUGCCGCCCUUAAUGACCUUGCAAGAGCCUGCUCGCAAAACGAUGAGGAGUACAAAGACGAGGCUGGAAAAUGCAAGCUACAAGUUUAUGCUCUCCAGCACGGCUGGGUAAGGAAUACAAUUGCUAAAGCGCUUGAUAUUGACGAAAACAGCAAGAGCAGCGUGCUCUUAGAAGGAAAAGGCGUGGCUCAAGUAUUCUUACUAAAAGAUCCGCUUGGGCGUCUGUUAGAGAAGGCAGACAGCUUCAAGGAGGCUGCAGCCAUUGUUUCAAAAUUUUGCUUCUUUCACGUUGCUUGUGUUUCUGGAACAUCUAAGGAACACGACGUUGCUUAUGAGUUUAUCAGCAACAGUAUGAGAUGGGUUUGUAUCAGAGCUUCUCUUGAAGCAGUAUGUAUCAAGGAUGCAAAGUUUAAGAGCUCUAGAAUCACUCAAAUGCAGGCAGAGAGCAAGAGCCGUCCGGAAACAGAGAAAUACGAGGGAAUCAAAAAAGAGCUAGUGAUCAGAACGGAUGAGCAAGAGCAGGAUGGAAAUCCACUAGAGAAGGAGAAGGAAGUGGAGCUAAUUGAAUUCCUCGAGAAGUUCCACACCACAGACUACAACGGUAAAAGUUGCCAACAAAUGCAACAGAAGGACAAAAGCGGGUCUUCAAAUGAGGAUGAGUCGACGGAUCAAGAGAGUGUCUACGAAGACUCCCUUCAAGAUGAAGAUAAGGACCUAGAUAAUCUCUUCGAUAGGUUUCACAUCACAGACCCAGACAGAAAGUAG